AGCGCCCAGCUACCGCAGCUAUUGUGCGCGAGUCGCGCUAUCGCCCUCCUCUUCCCACUGGGUGUCGACGAAGGAAGGCUACGUUUCAUAGCUGCCCGGGCUUAACCUUUCUGGCGCCUAAGAGGACAGCAGUCCGACUCCCUCGGACCAGGAACUCUUAGCGGCCGAAGGACCCUGGUGACGAAACCCUAGUGUGCAAGGGAGGCGGUUGAAGGAGACUAACUGCUUGGGCGUGGGACUCGGGCUUCGCAGGGGCGGAGCGGAGGCGCUGGCUUUAAGAAGGGGGAGGGGACAGUGCUGUCCUGGCUGCCUGCGGAGUUGGGCAAAGGAAAUCCUCAACCAGCUCUGGAGCGAGGAGCGAGGAGGGAGGAGGGAGAAAGCAGGGGGAGAGGCGGCUCCCAACCCUGAUCUCGCCCCCGCCUACACCCUGGGCGGGCCGAGGUGUCACGUUUGCAAUUGCUCAGGAAGGAUCCGGCCUGUCUCUGGAGGCUAGCCGCUGAGGUUUCUGCUGCUUAUCAGGGGAAGCGAAGCCUAGGGGGCAUGCUGUUUGCUAGGCAGCACCCCGCUGGGAUCCUACUGCUUUAGUUCGCUUUCCUGGUCAUCUGAAGCUACUGCUGGGCCGCCCGUUUCCUGCACUGACCAGCCAUCUCCACCCAAGAGCCUCAUCGGAACAGAACCAUGGGGCAUCCCCCGCUGGAGUUCAGCGACUGCUACCUGGACAGCCCAGAUUUCCGAGAGAGACUCAAGUGCUAUGAGCAGGAGCUGGAGAGGACCAAUAAAUUCAUCAAAGAUGUGAUCAAAGACGGCAACGCGCUAAUCAGUGCUAUGAGAAAUUACUCCUCUGCUGUUCAGAAAUUUUCCCAGACUCUGCAGUCAUUUCAGUUCGAUUUCAUUGGGGAUACUCUGACUGACGAUGAGAUUAACAUUGCUGAAUCUUUCAAAGAAUUUGCUGAAUUGCUCAAUGAAGUAGAAAACGAGAGGAUGAUGAUGGUACACAAUGCUAGUGAUUUGCUGAUCAAGCCCCUGGAAAAUUUCCGGAAGGAGCAAAUAGGCUUUACCAAGGAGCGGAAAAAAAAAUUUGAAAAGGAUGGUGAGAGAUUUUAUUCUUUGCUGGACCGCCACUUGCAUCUAUCUUCCAAAAAGAAAGAAUCCCAGUUACAAGAGGCAGACCUCCAGGUGGACAAGGAGAGACACAAUUUCUUUGAAUCCUCUCUUGAUUAUGUUUAUCAAAUCCAGGAAGUUCAGGAGUCCAAAAAGUUCAACAUUGUGGAGCCAGUCUUGGCUUUUCUUCAUAGCCUCUUCAUUUCCAACAGCCUGACUGUGGAGCUUACACAGGACUUCCUCCCCUACAAACAACAGCUCCAGCUCAGCUUGCAGAAUACAAGAAAUCAUUUCUCCAGUACCCGGGAAGAGAUGGGAGAACUUAAGAGAAGGAUGAAAGAAGCUCCCCAAACAUGCAAACUACCAGGACAGCCCACCAUUGAAGGCUAUCUCUAUACGCAAGAAAAAUGGGCUUUGGGGAUAUCCUGGAUGAAAUACUACUGCCAGUAUGAGAAAGAGACCAAGACGCUCACCAUGAUUCCUAUGGAGCAGAAGCCAGGUGCUAAGCAGGGGCCCUUGGACUUAACCCUGAAGUACUGUGUGAGAAGGAAAACGGAGUCUAUCGACAAGAGGUUCUGUUUUGACAUAGAAACUAAUGAAAGGCCAGGAACCAUCACUCUGCAAGCCCUUUCUGAAGCUAACAGAAGGCUAUGGAUGGAGGCCAUGGAUGGAAAAGAACCUAUCUACCACAGCCCCAUAACAAAACAGGAAGAAAUGCAGCUGGAUGAAGUGGGGUUCAAGUUUGUUAGAAAGUGCAUCAAUGUCAUUGAGACCAAAGGGAUCAAGACAGAGGGGUUGUACCGCACCGUGGGCAGCAAUAUUCAGGUUCAGAAGCUGCUGAAUGCCUUUUUUGAUCCCAAAUGCCCAGGAGAUGUUGAUUUUCAUAAUAGUGACUGGGACAUUAAGACAAUCACCAGCUCCUUGAAAUUCUACCUCAGGAAUCUUUCUGAACCUGUCAUGACCUAUAGACUGCACAAAGAACUGGUCUCUGCUGCCAAAUCCGACAACCUGGAUUACCGACUGGGAGCUAUUCACUCCCUGGUAUAUAAGCUACCAGAAAAUAACCGAGAGAUGCUGGAACUUCUUAUAAGACACUUGGUCAAUGUGUGUGAGCAUAGCCAAGAGAAUCUUAUGACCCCCUCCAACAUGGGGGUGAUCUUUGGGCCCACCCUGAUGAGAGCUCAGGAGGACACCGUGGCCGCCAUGAUGAACAUCAAAUUCCAGAACAUCGUGGUGGAAAUCCUAAUUGAACACUUUGAUAAGAUCUAUUCAGGUCCACCUGAGGAAAGCACUGCACCCCCAGUGCCUCCGCCUCGAGUGACGGCAAGAAGACACAAACCAAUCACAAUUUCAAAGCGCUUGCUGCGGGAAAGGACAGUUUUCUAUACUUCUUCCCUGCAUGAAAGUAAAGAUGAAAUCCAACAUCAAACGCCUAAUGGUACUAUCACCAGCAGCACAGAACCCCACAAGCUGCCACAACACCCCAAACUACCUGCUCAGAGGUUUGGGGAAGCUGAUCCUGGGAGGAAGUCCCCAAGCAGGCCAAUUUCAGAUAGCAAGUUGGAGCCCUGCCCUGAGGUGGACAUGGGGAAGUUGUUAUCCAGGCUGCAGGAUGGAGGGACCAAGGCCACCCUAAAGGCCACCAAUGGACCAAUGUCAGGCCCUGGGCCCACCAAAGUCUCCUCUUUCCAUGUAAAGAGACCAGCUCCCCGGCCCCUGGCUCACCAGAAGGAGGGGGACUCUAACAGUUUUAGCAAAGUGCGGCCUCUGGGAGAAAAGCCAACCAUCAUCCGUCCCCCAGUGAGGCCUCCAGACCCGCCCUGUCGAGCAGCUACUCCCCAGAAGCCAGAACCAAAGCCAGAUAUUGUUGCUGGCAGUGCAGAGGAGAUCCCAUCAUCCGUGGUGGCUUCUAGGACCAGGUUCUUUGAAACAGCCUCUCGGAAAACAGGAAGUUCUUCUCAAGGCAGACUUCCUGGAGAUGAGAGUUGAGGCCACAGGUUUUAAGAGCCUUGGCCUUAGGGGACCCUUUCCAGCUUCUGAAAUUCUUCAAACCUUGUGUGAUGAGUAAUUUUGUGAAGAGCAGCUCCUUACUGGCCCUGUACCUUCAAGUUCUGGGAGGCUAUAAAAUAAGGGGCACAUAUCCUGGACACAUGUUUAUUUCUCUGUAUUCUGUCUUCAUCCCCUCAGAAGGUCUAUCUUGAAUCCUGUGAGGAGAGAUCUUGCUUAUUCUCCUGUAAGACUGUGAAUAACUGGACUCCCUGAAGCCAGACUGCAGAAACCAAGAGAUUCAAUAACUGAAUCGAAGAGGGGAGCCCAGUUUUCAGCUCUUCCCUAAGCUUCCUGCAUCCUCAAAGGCCACUGAACUCUGAAAGAUUUGGGACUAAAGACUAAUAUUAGAGGUUUUAUCCUGAGUUAAAGGCUCUGGUGGUGCAGUGGUUAAGAGCUUGGCUGCUAACUAAAAGGUCAGCAGUUUGAAUCCACAGGUUGCUCCUUAGAAACCCUAUGGGACAGUUCUACUCUGCCCUGUAGGUUCCUUGUGUGUUGGAAUCUACUCGAGGGCAGCGGAUUUGGUUUGGUUUUGACUUGGGGCCAUUGUUUAUGUUGGGGUAGAGAAGCAGGAGCAUUUGCUGAACAUUGGAGAAUCUUAACACGUAUCUUACUGAGGAUAUGGACACUGGUGCCAGGUUGAAGCUCAGGCACUGAAGUGUGUCUUCAAGAGCUUGUUUGCUCCUGUGUGGAGUCCCCACAACUCCUUCAUGUGGACAAAGGAAGGUGGCUUUCCUGCUCUUGCAUUCAACCGCUUAGGACAAAUCUGCAAAGCAUGUUUGGCAUGUCAAAACCUAGGUCUUUUUUAAUUAUUCUUCCUCCUGUUUUCUCCUGACAGCUUCCUUUCCAAGCAAUUGAGAAAGAAACAAAAGCUGAAAACAUUUACUUUAAAAAGGCCGACAGUGUUUGUCCUAAAGGAGUUCCACUUUUGGGCCAAAUGCUGGGAAAAUGUGUUAAGAUGGAUUGAGGCCAGGCAGCUGUCACUGUUGCCUUGUGUUUACCUUCAGCAAUUCUUAACCCAGUGUCCAUGAAUUUAGGAACUCCAUGAAGCCCCUUGAAAUGGUAUGCAGAGUUCUAGGAGAUUGUGUUUUUCUGGGAAGAUGGUCCAUGCAUCAUACUCAAUUCCAAAUGGGCUUGUGACCCAAUAAAGUUUAAGAACCACAGCCCUUGAGAUGGAAGACUCUUUUCAACCAAGUCAGUAUUAGAUUGGAAAGGUCCUUCAAGAUCAUUUAGUCUAAUUUCCACAUUUAUGGUUGGGGAAACUGAGGCACAGCAAGUUAGCAGCCAUGCCAGGACAAGAUCCCAGGCCCCUGGGCUCCUAUGCAAGCUUCUUCCCAUUACACCACACUUAUCUAGCAAGGGUCCUUAUGAUUGGUGGCUUUAGUGUUCAUCACUUUUGGGUUUUAGAUUUUGCCCCUCUUUUCUGAUCCCCACAUAUUUUCAACUAUACGGAAAACCUCCAGGCAUAAGCCCAGGCCCCCCUCAUUCAUCAUCUCAGUCAGUGGAAAGGAACUAAAACAAAAUUGUGUAGUUCAUCAGAAAUCAGAGGAAUAGAUGUUUCUGAUUCCCAACUGUUUAAGGAAAGCUGCUGGAGAGAGUAUCAGUGCUUGUGUCCUACCCAGAUGCCUGUCCCGUAGCCUGUCUUCUGGUUCUGUGUAAUUAUAAUGUAGCCCAGUGUGAGAGAAAGGGUUCUCCUAUUUGUACUUUUCUAAUAAGGCUUUGCUAUUGCACUGACUGUAGUACUGAGGGAUAAGAAUAUGUAUAUAUGCAUAUAUAUAUGUAUCUGUAUCUAUAUAUUUGUAUAUGUAGAUGUAUAGAUACAGAUACAUAUAUGUAGAGAGAGAGAGUGACAUAAAGCACACAUGCCCAAACCACCUCUGAGAUGCUUUUAGUAUAGUGCUAUUGAAAGGCAGUAGUCACUUUCAAGACUGAACCCCAAACUUGGUUGGUUUAUUGGUUGUUUAGGAACAUGUAGGCCAAGCUCUUAACCACUGUGCCACCAGGGCUCCCAAUAGGUAGGGCCAAACAUACUUAGAGCCUUUGUGAAACUAGAAACUUGAUGCUAUUCCAAAUUAAGACAUGCCCAGGUAGCGACAUUGAACUCCCUUUUCUCUACCCAUUCUCCCUCCUCCAAGUUUGAGCUCUCAAAAGGCAAAAUUGCUAAGAAAUCAGGAACAAGACAGCCAAUUCAAGACAGCAAGUGGUCACUAUUUUUCCUUCUGCUCACCCCCAAAUGGAGCCUCUGUGAGCCCUCCUCGCCUCACCUAGGAAGUGCUUGCUGUGGCUCCCUGCUCUUCCCUAUUAGAUGACUAACUGAAGCAGGCAGGUGUGCAAAUUUUGGCCACAGAAGCAGUCAUCGGUGGGGUCUCAGUACCUUUGAUGAUAGGUAAAGACAUGGUUUGAAUCUGGUUUUCUUGGGAGUAAACCACAAUCACCACCACAAACACUGGAAGAUUGUUGAGAAACAGAGAAAGCAGCUGCAAUCCCAGUAGAAGAGGUAUCUGAGAUACAUAGUCAUUAGAUUACUGUGUGUUGCCUGAAAAGCAGAUCAAGAGUCUGGUCUCAAGAGUUGGGACCACCAGUCUGGUUGGAGGCUAGGGAACAAUGACUGGCUAACUUUGCCCCUGCCCUAGGCUGUACCCAAAGAAUGAACUCAAGUACCUCCCCUUUGGCACUCUCAUUUAAAAAACAAGGGCUUCUGUGGUGAGGUACACAGUCAUAGAAUGAGACUAGCUUAGACCAGUCUUGUUGGAUAGUCAUUCAGAAGAGGCUAUUGGGAAGAGGGGGUGAUAACUGAAGAGCAGCAACUAUAGGAAAUUAUCAGCACACCAUGGCCAUUGGGUUAGAGAAACUAGCAGUGAAACUAACUAAGAAACUAACAUUUAUUAAGCAUUCAGUAAAUUUAGUCUUUACAACAGUCGUGCUAGGUAGGUGCUCUUCUCCUCUUCUUACAGAUAAUUACGGCCCAAAGGGCUAAAGCAACUGGCUCAAGAUCACACAGAAAGUAAAGAGCAGAACCAUGUUUUGAACCCAGGCCUCUCUGACCCCACACUCCAUGCUAUUUUCCCUUUGCCACAAUGAGGUAGGGUAUUUGAACAGAGGCCAUAUUACUAAAGCUGGCGUACCGAACAAAAUAUUAAAAGGCAAGUGUUUGAGGGGAGGAAAGAGAGGCAGAUUCAGUUUAUAGGAGAACGAAAACUGGGCUAAAGAUAUGCCUGAGUUGUGCUUUCUCGCCACCUUCGGUUUACUCAUUUGGUAAUGUUUUAUAAAGGAUCAUUUAGUUUUACCGUAUGAAAUGAAGGAUUUGUUUUUUAGUUAGUAGUUGUUAGUCCUCGGUUUAACUGUUUUUCAAAGGAAAAAAGGUCCUUUUAAUGUGUCUGCAUAUUUUGCUGAGGUUACAGCAUGUGCAGUGUCAGCCUGAGAGAUGGGCAAAAAUUUGAGAAGCAGUAAGGGUUUUUUUGUGUCUCUAAGGUACUUGAUGCUUUGUGGUCAAAACCCUACAAGGUCUUUUUGUGGUGCUAAAGUCAAGGAAUGAUUUAGGAUAAAUAUUGUUGAAGAUUUUGCUUAAAAAAAAAAAGGUGGAGGAGUGUCCAGGCACUGCAGGGCAAAACUCAGCAUUCAAUUUCAGUAACAAAAUAGGGUUAUGUAGAAUAUUUCUAAAAUAAUUGCCUAUCAUCGGAGAGUAUCCUUCCCUUUUCAAGAAUUCCUUGAUUCUAUAACUAGAACUGAUAGAGUAGUAGAGAAAGAAGUAUUUCUGUGACUAGAAAAAAAUUGCUCUUGAGAGAAUGUAGAUCAAUGAUACUACCUUUAAAGUAGCUGCAAACAAGUGGUUUUGACACAUUACAGGCCCAGAAAAUGGCUUCAAAAAUGAUAAAAAAUAUUGAAAAGAGAAGCAAGAUACCUUGAAAAGAUCAUCUCGAUGAAGAAAAGCCCUCAUUUUCAAGGGGAAAUGAAGGACUUGAUGCCAAGGACAUUAAUAGGGGGCUAGAAACAUUGCCUAUGUGAAAUACAUACAUGACAUAAGGAAAAAGAAAUAAGUAACAGAAAUCCUGGGGCCUGUUCAUGUGACUUUCAAUAAAGUAUGCAGACUGUCUUGUAUAAAUGGACUCUUUCUGCAGUUUUGUCAUGGCAACAAUCAUUGAGUACAUCUGGCAUGAUGCUGCAGUCACCACACAUUACACAUGUUGUCUUUUGCAAAUUUAAAAAAACCAAGAAACAGAAUCCUUUCAGACCUAGGAGUCUCAAAUCUACAGUUGAUUUUUUACCAAGCCUUUGUCACGCGUUCCCUCAGGCCUCACAACAUUACACGCCAUGAUAGGUGACAACCCCAUUUAACAGAUAAAGAACUUGCCCAAAAUCACAUAGCUAGGAAAAGAGAAAAUCCAGGACUGGAAGCUGGGUCUGUCUGACUGCAGAGACUUCCCACUUUCUAAUACACCAUGCUGCUCCCAAGGGUGAAGAAAAAGAUUCCCAAAGGUAAAGAUCUCAGAAACAGCAUUUGGAGGUCUUCCACUCAAAAUGUUUCCAUGGACCAGAAGCGUUAGCAUUACCUGGGAGCUUGUUAGAAAUGCAGGUUCUCGGGCCCCACCCCAGCUCUGUGGAAUCAGAAUCUGUAUUUUAACAAGAUUCCCCGGGAUAUUUCUACACACAUUAAAGUUUGAGCAGCACUGGUCCAAGGCACUUGAGACAGGAAAGAAGGUUGAGGAAGGAGACCGGUGACCUCUUGGUGAGGCAAAGACCAAAAACAGUGAAUGAGGCCAAACUGGUACUUUGGGUGUGGUUACAAAGAUUGUAUCCAUAGCUGCCUGCUUCUUACACUGUUGGGCACAUGGCCUUGUGCUUUGAUGACGUGUGAAGUUUCUUGGAUUUCAAAUCUUUGGGUAUCAGAGGCAGUGGAAAGGUAAUAUGGGGCAGUAGAAGAGCUCCUUUCAGGAGCAAUGGGAGUCCAGAUUCAGCCCUGUCACUGCCUCUCUGUAAUGCUGGGCAAGUCCCUCCCCCUCUCUGGGACUCAAAUUUUCUACCUUUAAACCAGGUAGUCUCAAGGGACCUUUUCAGCUUUGUCAUUCUGUUAUUCUUGGGUAUGGGUUUUACAUAACCUACAUUGUAAUGAAAACAUUGACAACUCCAGUGGCCUUUGGCCAUGGUUUAGCAUCUUCAGCUCAUAAUAAGAAAGGGUAUUCUGGAAGGAAAUAUCAUAGUCAUGGCAAGGCAGCAUUAAUGAGAACUGCAAGGAACUGUGAGGGGCACGGCUCUCAUUAACCACCUUAAAAUUAGCUGGUUAAAAUUAAUUGAAGUAUAACAAGACUUCCAGACUUCUUUGAGAAUCAACUGCUUCAAACCAUAUGCUUGGCAAAUCCUGUCAUGUAUCCUGAAUAGGGUUUACUUUGCAUGAUUUAAUACAAUAAAUUCCUCCUACUUGGGCCUUUGGAAGAUAGUUUAUUGGGAAUGGGAGGAGCUUGUUAAAAAAAAAAAAGGUAAGACUCCUGCUCCCCCAUCCCCAAGACCUGCCACUCAUCUUUCAUCUUUCCAGGUUAUUCUGAUGCCUACUAACUGAAGACCACUGGCUACAAUCUAACCUCUUACAGAUGGAAAAACAGGCUCAAAGAGAGGAAGGGAUUUUCCUAAGGCCACAUACAAAAGCCAAGGGCAGAAAACAGGUGUCCAGAUUACCAGCCUGAGGUACUUUCAACCCUGCUUUCUUUGGGUGGUCAGUUUUUCAGAAUCAAGAUAUUGCUUUCUGCAGAAGAGCAUACAAGGCCAGGACUGAUAGGCCCUCCCAUCCGGGUACUUUUUUUCCAUCAUAUGUUUAACACUCAUUCCCUCAUUUAAGCCUCACAGCCUACCAGCUAGACAGAGCAGGGACGAUUAUCCCCAUUUUUUGAGGCUCAGAGCGGUGACAUGACUUGUGCAAAGUCACACAGGUAGGAAACAGACUUGGAUCUAGGUUUUCUGAUUUCCCCUAGACUACACUGCUUCUCUUGGGGAGGAGAAGCAGCCCUUCAAACCCUCCGCACUUCUCCUAGAUGUGUUAAGAGCUCUAAGCACUAAGGAAGCAAUUGCUUCAAAACAGAUUGUUUUUCCUGUUGCUGAGUAUCUUGACUCGUCUAUGACUUGAAACUUUGUAGAGCAUUCUUCUGUCCUUACAUCAUUUUGUCCACAUAACAGCCCCCAUAUGAUGAAUAUAAAAAUUGAGGCCCAGAGGCAUUAUAUUAGUCUUCUACCUGCUUUAACACAUUACCACAAAUUUAGCAUCUUAAAACCCAUUUAUUAUCUCACCGUUUCUAUGCUGAAUUCUUUGCUUAGGGUCUCACUGAGCUAAAAUCAAGGUAUCAGCCAGGGCUGCGGUUCUCAUCUGGGGUUCAGAGUCCUCUUCCAAGUUCAAUUUUUGUGGGCAGAGUUCAGUUC